AUUCCGUCAUUUCCGACAGGACAUGAACGCAUCGGGGCUUCGCCGCGGUCAGCUGACUCGGUGCUGUGAGAUCAUGUGGCGUUUACAGUCAGAGCGGUGAAGUGUGUGAACAACAACCAAGGUCUCUUCAAACAAAACACAGCUCGGUGGUCGUCAGUGCUCGGUGUGUUUGUCCCCUUCACUCGUCCGACAUGGCUUGGACUAAAUACCAGCUGUUCCUUGCGGGACUUAUGCUAACAACUGGCUCCCUCAACACAUUAUCGGCAAAAUGGGCUGACUUGUUCUCAGCGAAGGGUUGCCGUGAUGACCCUGAACAUCCGUUUACUCACCCGUUCGUACAGGCAGUGGGGAUGUUUCUGGGCGAGUUCAGCUGUCUCGCCGUCUUCUACAUCUUACUUUGCCAUGACCGACGAAGGCCUGAGCCCAAGAUUAACCCGGGCCAGAGCUUCAACCCUUUCCUCUUCUUCCCACCCGCCAUGUGUGACAUGACGGCCACCUCCAUCAUGUAUGUUGCUCUCAACAUGACCAGCGCCUCCAGCUUCCAGAUGCUGCGAGGAGCCGUCAUCAUCUUCACCGGUCUGCUUUCUGUGGCGUUCCUGGGGCGACGCCUGAAGCCCAAUCAGUGGAUCGGCAUCCUCAUCACCAUCCUGGGCCUGGUGAUCGUUGGCCUCGCCGACUUCUUCAGCGGGCACAAAGAGGAGCACAAGCUCAGUGAGGUCAUCACAGGAGACCUCCUGAUCAUCAUGGCUCAGAUUAUCGUCUCAGUUCAGAUGGUCCUGGAGGAAAAGUUUGUCUCCAGACAUGAUAUUCAUCCUCUUCGGGCUGUUGGAACUGAAGGUUUCUUCGGGUUCUUCGUCCUGUCGCUGCUCCUCAUCCCGAUGUAUUUCAUCCACGUGGGAGACUUCAGCAACAACCCCCGGAUGGUCCUGGAGGACGCGCUGGACGCCUUCUGCCAGAUCGGACACCAGCCUCUCAUCCUGCUCGCUCUGCUGGGCAACACGGUUAGCAUCGCCUUCUUCAACUUCGCCGGCAUCAGCGUCACCAAGGAGAUCAGCGCCACCACCCGCAUGGUGCUGGACAGCCUGCGCACGCUGGUCAUCUGGGCGGUGAGCCUGGCGCUGGGCUGGGAGCAGUUCCACGGUCUGCAGGUGCUCGGCUUCAUCGUCCUGCUGCUGGGCACGGCCAUCUACAACGCGCUGCACGAGCCCCUGGUGGCCAGGAUCCCCUGCUGCGCUUGGAUGGUGAACCGACAGGAGGAGGCCAGCGUGGGAGAGAGGGAGAGACUGCUGGCCGACGGCAGCGUGCAGAACGGAGACGACAGCUAAAACUUUAGCACUGAGGAUGUCCCCGUGUGCUGGACUGUCUUUCACGUAUGCUGUCGGUGGUAGUCUCUUUUUAAAUGUGUGUUGUUGUUGUUUCACACACCAGAUUUGAACUGACCUCACAGUUUUUAUAAUAAGUUUCUAAGCUCUUUUAGAGGAAUAGUUCGACACAUACGGGCAUGGAAAAAAUGGUGGAAGACCACCCUUUUUUCUUCAAUUUCUUGUUCUUUUUAAUGCCUGGUACAACUAAAGGUACAUUU